GGGAAAACAACCAAUAAACAUUAUCAGUUAUCAAGCAGCAGCCGCUACCGUUGCAGCUGCAGCUAAUCUCGGGAGAGAAAUUAGACGUCAACAGAUGCUUGGGAGCUACCAACUUACUGGAUUCCCUGAAGGACAAAAGUGGAGUCCUUAUCAGAACGUCGCGCAUACGCAUCAUCAACAUGUAAGACCAAUCCAAUUACCCGCUCCACCGCAAAUCAUUAUCCCUCAUGUUAACAGACAGGAAGCUACUGCUCAAGGAACAUGGGGUCAUUUCUGUCACAAUUUGCCAACGUAUGUCCCUGGAGUGAUCCGUAACGUUACGAUGCAUGGAAUUCGGCAGGCCAUCUUCUUGCGAGAUAGUACGUCCAAUAGACAGGGCGCAGAGAAUCAAUCGCAAAUACCUUGUAUUUCACGAAAACGCGAACUCGAUAACACGCGUGACCUCUCUUAUCCGCCACCGGAACAUCAGCAGAUGCCCGCAGAAGCAUCUACAUCAACGAUGCCCAGAAGAUGUGAGAUAAUUGAAGAAAUGAGAUGGCAAGCGAAUCCCGUAUCGGGUUCAAGGAUUUUUAAUGGAUUAUUAAUCCCAGCGACGAUGACGUCAAAGAGACCGAGGGAUCAAGAAAAAGAUCAUGAUCAUCAGUCCUCCGAGAACUUCGAAUCGAAGAAGCCAAAUUUGACACAACCUUUGCCCGGAUUUCAUCAAGCUUUUGGCUCGACAGAAAUCGGGAAGUUCUCGAGAUCGGAAUAUUUCGCGAACAUGGUCGGCGAUAAGAGUACCGGCGCAGAAGAGGAUAAGAAAGACGACAUCCCAGAAGGGUAUCUAUCCGUUCCAACAAUGUUUCCUUUCCCUAUGGCAUGUCAAAACGUCUUCAAAACACCUAAUGUGAACGAAACAAAAAAGCAAGGUGAACUCUUCUCACGAAGCGUUCACGAUGGUUAUUAUUGGUUCGCCAAACAAACUGGCAAUUCGAUUGCUAAAUUCUCGAAUGGUAACGCAAUAUGUACAAGACCACCCGAUUGUAUCCAUCAUACUAACGAAGGACAUGAAUUUCACGAGAACGCAACGAUCGCUCGUUUAUCAAAUAUCGAAGCACUCCUUCGUCGUUACAAUGGAAAAUGUUGUAUCCUGAUCAACGAGGACGAUCACGUAGAAGAUCAGAAAUAUAUUCUAAUUGGUACGGACAAUAGUGACGACGGUAGUAGUUACGUCGAAGAGGACGAAGAAAAUGAGAAUAUCAAGGUCAACGAAAACAAAUCUUGUCGUUACGAAAAUAAUCGAGAAAAAUCUUCGCCUAAAGUUUCCGACGAAUAAAUGAAUUUCGAAAGUUUUAAUUAAUCGUUUUUCAUCGUUUAAACCGAUUUAAUUUAGUCUCGGAUCUUUUGUAAAUGAAUGAAUAAUUUACCAAUAACGUUGCGACAAAGCAUCUCGUUUCUUCGUAACGAUAGCAUCCUCUAGAAUUUAUCUAAUGAUUAUAUUCAAUAAAGUUUUAUCGAUUUAUC